AUGUCUGAGACCGUCGUGCCUCUUUCUCGGUUGUUGAGAGUAGCGGUGCAGGUCUCUGUGUUCGAAGAGCUUUCGAAUCUGAAACAACUGGAGGAAACAACUUCGGAAACAUUGCUCAAACAUGAUUUACUAAAGACGGAACAGAGUCUCAGUGAAAUGGUGGCGUAUUUGAAUCGGCUACUUGAGGCCUUCCAGGGUAUGCAAGUUCAACUACAAGAGAGUCUUGAUUGGAUAUACGAAGGAAGAAGUGAAGUCUACGAAAUAAAUCGCAAUUUGGAUAUAAUCGAUACUAUAGUUGCAGAUCUGGUGGUGAUAGUUGAGACUAAACUCUCUAGCAGCCCUGAUGAGGCAUCCGAGCGGUUCACCGAUGUAUUGGUGUCGCUGUCUGACAUCUGCGAGUUGUCCUUGAAAGUGAAAAAAUACUCAUUGGUGCUCAAGAAGAAGGCUGAUAUGUCUGCACAGUAUCACGAGCUCAGAAGUGGGGUUCUGGGGUCGAUUGGUACCGAAAUCGAACAAUGUUUAAAGGAUUCCCACUCGAUACACGAAACAAGACUUUCGUCACCAGUUAGGCGAGUCCCACAAUUUACACUGGAAGACCUCACUCAGAAGAUGAAACCCCCGGGCAACGCCUCUUUGAGCUCUCUGAGAUUGCCAACUUUUAAUGAAAUUGACGAAUUGUUGUAUACCCAGUUCCGGAAUCUGGAGUCGAGGCUGAGUCCCCUCAAUGCCUCUCUUAUAUUCGUUCCACAGGCGCUUGAACAGUUCAGUGUUUCUGCUCUUGAGUUGUACCCGGAUUCGAUAUCAGAGCUUCUUGAUGCCUACGAAGGACUCAGGAAGAAGUUCGCGGUUCUCAGCGACGAAACGGAGCAACUACGAAUUGAGCUGGUACAGCAGAGAUGGCUCGAGAUUUUUGGUCAUCUGAUUGCCGAAGUGGCUCUCAUGAUGGACGAUGUUGAGAAAGAGCUUAGAAAUUCUGAUGGACAGAUAUCACAUGUGUGCAGCUACAAGAUCGAGACGAUAGACGAGACUUUGGAUAUAUUAAAGCGUGCAGUAGCAGAGGGACUGAUUGAGAAUAGCAGUAUCAACCAUGACAAAAACACGCUCAUCAAGAGGCUUUUCACUGUGAAGGACCAGGUCUUCCAGAUAGAGAAGUCUGCCGGAACCGGGAGUCGACAUUCUUCUUACGAGCUCGAAGCCAGUCCUGCUGAUGUUGCCAUAGAACCCAGCUUCUUGAAACGUCCAGACCAAGCAGGGUCCUCCAGGGAAAAGAGAAGGGUCUCACUGAAAGCAGGAAGCUCAUUUGCAGCCUCGAUGAACCUGAAACCCAUUUUAAUUGAACACAACCCAGUCUCUCCAGAUAGAGAACCUGAAAAGACUACGCCGAGUCGCCCAGCGCUAGGGGAGACCUCAAGACACAACAUUCUAUCAUCCGCAGAUCACAAGUUACAGCAGGACGGAGAAGAUUCUCUCGCCUAUGGAAUUCAACGAAUGAGUCUUCACAAAGAAGCAGCAACAAAAACCACUAUCCACACACCCUUAAGAAAAGGUGAAGACAAUAUAUUCUUGACGCCUGCUCUUCGUUCGCGGUAUUUAAGGCGCCAAUCCAUGAUCCCUGUGCCGACACCACAGAAGAGUGUUGAACGAUCAGGCAUCAAGUUCUCGACAAGACCUGCAGAUUCCACGAGAAAAUCCCGAAUCCCAGUUCCUACGGGCUCGUUGGUGAGGCCUGGUUCCAGAACAGCAAAUCAGCAGACGGCUCAAGGACUCAAAACUUCACACAAAACGCCCUCCAAAACACCUAAUCAGAGACCAGAAUCAUCACUUCAAAGACCAGAUUCAGCCACCAAGUCGAGAAUACCGCAGCUGACCCCAAUAAGACAAUCCAUUCCGGUCCGGAGUCUUUCUGCACUAGCGGUUGCCAGGGAAAGAAGCAUUCCACGAGCUCGCAAACCUUCUGAAGACGAAUUCUUUUGA